UUUUAACAAAAAUGUCUAACACAUUAUUUUCAUCGAUUUUCUAUAAUACCACUUUUAGAAGAAAAAAAAAAUCUAGAUUACCUUUUACCAACACGCGGUGCAUCCAGACUCAUUUUAUUUUAUUAUUUUUAGGGAUUUUUAUUUAUUUAUUUAUUAUUUUCUCAUCUGGGGAAGAUUUGGUUUUUAUGUUCCAAAAUUGUUGGUAUGGGUGGAUUUGAGUUUUUGGCCAAUUGUGUACUCAUCUUUUUUCGUCUUCUUGUAGAACAAGCAAGCUUCUGUUCAACAAUUCACCUAUUCCUCUCAUAAAUAAUAAACAUUAAUAAAUACUUAGUUUCCUAAGAAAUACAUUAAAAUACACAAACGUUCAGACUGGCUUCUUCUAUAAGGAUGAUCACCACCGCCAUUGACUCUAAAUUCACAUAAUCUAUUUCCAUUUUAAUUCUUUUCUCUCUCUAAAAUCUUUAUGGUAUGGAUUUAUUACCUGGAGAUUGGUUCAAUUUCAGCUAUCUGGUUUUUGCAUUUUGUUCUGCCCUCUUUCUUGGUGCCCUCAAAGGUUUACUUGUGGGACCUAUUGUUGGUUUGAUAUUGAUAACAGGGAAUGUUGGGGUCAUUCUUGGUUUGUUCCCAGCCCAUGUUGUGUGGACAGUUUACACCUUAGUAAAUAUUAACAGACUUGAUACACCACUUAAAGUUGCAAUCUUGUUGGGUUUGCCAGCCUUAUUUGGUCUUUGGCUGGGUUUGAGCAUAGCUGGGAGUGUUCUUGUGGGACUUGGCUAUGGAUUUUUCACACCGUGGGUUUCAACUUUUGAAGCCUUCAGACAUGAAAAUGAAACAAAGAAAUUUGUACACUUUGUAGUGGAUGGAACAUGGGAAACCAUCAAAGGAAGCUGCACAGUAGUUCGAGAUUUUGCUGACUUGUGCUACCAUUCUUACCCAAUUUACCUAAAAGAAUUACGUGAAUCCCCUGAUUCAAAUGAGGUUCAAACUCUUAGGUUCAUUCAUGUGCCUGCUUGCAUCAUAGCCGGGUUGAUGGGGUUAGUAGUUGAGGUUCCGUUGUAUACUGCAAUUGCUAUUGUAAAGAGUCCAUACAUGUUGUUCAAAGGAUGGUUUAGGCUUAUACAUGAUCUCAUUAGCCGAGAAGGACCGUUUCUUGAAACAGCAUGCAUACCAAUUGCCGGUUUGACAAUCUUGGUGUGGCCGAUUGUUGUUGUUGGAAGCGUCAUAUUGGCUGUUUUCUCUAGCAUUUUUGUUGGACUGCAUGCAUCGGUCAUAGUCUAUCAGGAAAGAUCUUUCAGAAGAGGUGUGGCUUAUGUGAUUGCUAUGGUUGCUGAAUUCGAUGAAUAUACCAAUGAUUGGCUUUAUCUCCAGGAGGGGACUAUUUUCCCAAGGCCCCAGUAUCGAAAGAAAAACUUUUCAAGAACACAGUCAUCUGUUGGACGCGUAUCCAGUUCUGCUUCGUCAGAAGCACCUGCAAUGUUCGUGCCAAGCUUAGCUCAUUCAAGAUCAGUCAGAGAGACCAUACAAGAAGUGAAAGUAGUGCAGAUAUGGGGAAACAUGUUGAAAUCUUGUGAAAUUAGAGGCAAGGAAUUAUUGGAUUCUAAUGUGAUAACACCAGCAGAUCUCUAUGAGUGGUUGAAGGCGAAAAACAGCAACGAAGCGGCUAUUAUUGGUGUAGGCUUGCCUUGUUACUCAUUAUUGCAGUUUCUGAUACACUCCAUUGAAUCAAAUUCAAGUGGUCUAUUGUUGCUUGAAAAUUUUGAGGUAACCCAAUUGAAUAGACCAAAGGACAAACUGUUGGAUUGGUUCUUUAAUCCAGUAAUGAUCUUAAAAGAACAGAUUAAGGCCAUAGCAUUAGUAGAAGGCGAGGUGAGAUUCUUGGAGAAGGUGGUUCUUUUCGGAAGCAAUACACAACGCAUGGAAGCUUGGGAAAAUGGGAGUUUAGCACCUGAAGAUGCUUUAAGAGCUGCUCAAAUGCAGGGAAUCAGUAGAAGGAUGACCGGAAUGGUGAGAAGUGUGUCGAAGUUUCCCACUCACCGGAGAAGAUUUCGCCAAGUUGUGAAGGAUUUGGUGGGUUAUUAUUUAGAGAAGGAGAAUUCUAAUAGAUCUUGCUCUAUGAGAUCUACUGCAUCCAUUGAAAAUGUGUAAGGUGACAUACUUUAAAAUGUCUAAUGUGAAAAUGUUGAAGCACCAAGUGUGUCAAUGAUUAAAAAAAAAAAGCUAAUUAAGAUUUUUGUUACUCAAAACAUUGACAAAUAUUAAAUUAUGCCUUCUAAAUUUUGUAAGGGGUUAAAAACUCUCCUCAAAUUAUUAAGAUUGUUGGAUUAAAU